AUGCUGUGCUAUAUUAAGGUUACCAAUGCUGGAGCUGAUUACAUGUCACUUCCUAAGCAUUGGAUCAACGACCAUAUUGUUGUGACAAGUACAUCACAUUACAAGGAUAUGAAAUGGAGGAAACAGAUCUUGAAUGAACUCUGCGUUGUUAAUGAUGCAUGUUGGGAAGCUUUUAAAUCUAUGGGUAAUGAUCUUGAGGAACUGACUCAGGACGAGAUUAGACGCGACUCUUGGAAUCGUAGCGUGAGAGCAAAACUUAGGAAAUCUGGAGAAAGGCGAUUUGUUGCUGGAAUGCUUUAUCAUGGUGGUGAUCAGAUGAUAUUUCAACCUAAUACUGGUAGCACGACUGUUAUGGAUUUUGUUGAGCUAACAUCGGCAAUACGUGAGUUUGACUACGCUACAUCAACUUUUACCAUCUGGGCAAGGUUCCUCGGGGAAUUGUUAGAGGUGGGAUUUGCGCAAGAGAGUGAUCGAGAUGAAUGGCAUGAAUUAUUACAACAGGUGAGGAGGGACUAUUUCUAUCGGGGCCACUGAUU